GACGCUUGCGUCGCUAUUGGACGUCAUAGUAAAGCGCCCUGACCGCGCAGACUUCUGGGACCUGGAGUCCGAGCAUAGGCCGACCAUUGAUUGGGAGCGCGGACGUCAGAACCCUCUACGCAGGCGCAGUGCUUUCCCACCCGAAGAGGCGCCGUCUUCCUGGGUCCCGAGCACAGUGCGCCGGAGGACUCUGCCCUUUCCUACAAGAACACAAAGGAGGGAAUGGCAGCUGUGUCUCCGACUGCCAGAUGCCAGGAAACAGUGACAUUCGAGGAUGUGGCCGUGAUUUUCACAGACGAAGAGUGGAGCCAUCUGGUGCCCAUUCAGAGGGAUCUGUACAAGGAGGUGAUGCUGGAGAACUAUAGGAGCAUUGUCUCAUUGGGACUUCCAGUUCCUCAAGCUGAAGUAAUUUUUCAGUCAAAAAGAGGGGAUAUUCCUUGGAUAAUUGAUCUUCAUGGAUCUAAGGAGAGAGAAUGUCCAGAGAAGAUCUCUCUAGACUGGGAGGCUAAGUCUGAGAUUCAAGUUGCUUCAGAUGAAGAAAAAUCAAAAGGAACAUUGAAGGACAGGCUUGGAAGGAAAAGUCCUCUGUGUCCUAAAUUUGAAGAUCUGACUGUGGAGGAUGACUUGGAGACAGAGGAGGAAAGCCCUGCAGUAGAAACCUGCAAAAAUUCCCUUUCCUCGGAGGAAAGUUUACGGCAAGGGUCAACCCCUUCCAAGAAAAUUCUCCCUAAAGAGAGAGACCAGGAAUGCAGUGACUGUGGAAAGAGCUUUUUUGACUACUCAUCCCUCAUCCGACAUCAGAGGACUCACACUGGAGAAAAGCCCUAUGACUGUCAUGAGUGUGGGAAAGCCUUCAGUCACAGGAGCAGUCUCAGUAGACAUCUGAUGUCUCACACUGGGGAGAUCCCUUAUGAAUGCAACGUGUGUGGGAAAGCCUUUUUUGACCGUUCAUCCCUAACUGUUCAUCAGCGAAUUCAUACUGGAGAGAAGCCCUUUAAAUGCAGUGAGUGUGGAAAAGCCUUCUUUGACCGUUCAUCCCUUACUCGACAUCAGAGAAUUCAUACAGGAGAAAGUCCUUAUGAAUGUAAUCAGUGUGGGAAAGCCUUCAGCCAGAAAAGUAUUCUUACUCGACAUCAGCUAAUCCAUACUGGAAGAAAGCCUUAUAAAUGUAAUGAGUGUGGGAAAGCCUUUUAUGGCGUCUCAUCACUGAACAGACAUAAAAAAGCUCAUGCUGGAGAGCCUCGUUAUCAGUGCAACCAGUGUGAGAAAGCUUUCUUUGACCGCUCCUCCCUUACACAACACCAGAAGAUUCACACUGGAGACAAGCCAUAUGAAUGCAAUGAAUGUGGGAAAGCCUUUAGCCAAAGAUGUCGGCUUACACGACAUCAGAGAGUUCAUACAGGAGAGAAACCCUUUGAGUGCAGUGUGUGUGGGAAAGUUUUCAGUUCUAAGUCAUCAGUUAUUCAACAUCAACGUAUCCUGACAGGAAAGAAACCUUGGAAGUGCAAUGAGUGUGAGAAAGCCUUUAGUUACUAUUCAGCUUUUGUCUUGCACCAGAGAAUUCACACAGGGGAAAAACCAUAUGAAUGUAACGAAUGUGGUAAAGCCUUUAGCCAGAGCAUACACCUUACUCUGCACCAGAGAAUCCACACUGGAGAGAAACCCUAUGAAUGUCAUGAAUGUGGGAAGGCCUUCAGUCACCGCUCAGCCCUUAUUCGGCAUCACAUAAUUCAUACUGGAGAGAAACCCUAUGAAUGCAAUGAAUGUGGGAAGGCCUUUAACCAGAGUUCAUACCUUACUCAACAUCAGCGGAUUCAUACUGGAGAGAAACCUUAUGAGUGUAACGAAUGUGGGAAGGCCUUCAGCCAAAGCACAUUCCUUACUCAACAUCAAGUCAUUCACACUGGAGAAAAACCCUAUAAGUGUAAUGAAUGUGGGAAAGCCUUUAGUGAUCGUUCAGGUCUUAUUCAGCACCAGAGAACUCAUACUGGGGAGAGGCCUUAUGAGUGUAACGAAUGUGGGAAAGCCUUUGGCUACUGUUCAGCCCUGACUCAACAUCAGAGAACUCACACUGGGGAGAAACCCUAUAAAUGCAAUGAUUGUGCCAAAGCAUUCAGCGACCGCUCAGCCCUUAUUCGUCAUCAGAGAACACACACUGGAGAGAAACCUUACAAGUGUAAGGAUUGUGGAAAAGCUUUCAGCCAGAGCUCCUCUCUUACAAAACAUCAGAAAACUCACACUGGAGAAAAACCCUAUAAGUGUAAGGAAUGUGGAAAGGCCUUUAGCCAGAGUUCAUCUCUUUCUCAACAUCAGAAAACUCAUGCUGGAGGAGAAACCAAGGAAUACGGAAAAGCUUUCAGUGGUCAUUCAGCCUUUGGCCAGCAAAAGAGAAUUCAUACUGGAUAGACUGUGUAAAUGUGGCACAUUCAGACAUAUUUAUUGGACAUUUACUGUAUGCAAUGUGGGGGCUACAAAGAAAUUUAAAACUUAUAAAACAUAUAUUAAUUGAGAAAUCAUUGUUUAUAUGAAGCAUAGCUUAUUCAGAAUAUGAAAGAAGGGUUUUACAUUUUUUAAAAUGCCCCAAUGGAGGACAUUGUGAGUUUUCUUGGGGAAAGAGGAAAAUUAUUUCCAAUAUUUUAAUAUGUAUUAAGCUAUCUUAUCAUUGUGAGAAAUAGAGUAUGCCAUGGUGAAAAAAGGACGUCUUGACUCGGUAAUCUCAUCAUGCUAAGGGGAUAAAGUUCUAAAGAGAUAGGGGAAUUGCAGGGGUAGAAAAGAGUUUGUCCAGGAUGGAAAGUCGAAGUAGAAGGGACGUUGUCCUUAGUCUUAAAUGCAAGGGUACAGUAAAGGUAGAUGGAAAGGACAGGGGAAAAGACCUGGGGCGUGAACUUGAGGUGUUGAUGAGAUAACUACUAAAAUGAGUGCUCACAUCUGGAAAAAUAUUAGUCAGAUUUGUUGCAAAAUCUCCUUGAGGGCAGCUUUCCCCCGAAGCCAGGCAAUGUUGGCCUGGGAGUCUGCUUCUACGCUUUUUGUCUUUUAGACCCUGCUUAUUGAGACCAAGAAUCACAUUAACUCCCAAGUGUCAAGACCUGCAGCCUAGAAAGGGAGAGGACAGAUGGGGCCUUUGAGGAUUUCAAUUAUUGUAAGCCAUCUGUUACUUGGAAUGUGCUUAUUUAUGAAGGUUUACCUCAGUUGUAUGUAGUUUUUACUUUAGACUUUUUCAUAUCAUAGUAAAAUUUAGUUGUGGACUUGAAUUGACACUGCAUAUUAGCUUGUACAAAACUUGAAAAGACUUUGAAAUUUUUGCCUCUUACCAUUUUCCCCUAGGAUAGAUACAGAUGACAUCUUUGUAUAUGUAUUUUUUUCAUUGAAAGUUUGAAGGUUAUUGGAAACAUUUUGAGUGCUGUGUUUUUAGUUUUCAUGAAUUUGAUGUGUCUUGGUGUGAGUUUCUUGAGUUUGUCCUGUUUGCUGAGUUUCUUGAGUCUGAACAGUAGGUUUAUGUCUUGUGCUAAAUUUGGGGAAUUUUCAGACAUCAUUUCUUUGAAUACACACUUCUGCAGGGAUUGUGAUGGUACAAAUGUUAGAUCUUGGCCUAUAGUACCACAAGUUCCUUUUUUUUUCUUUUUUUCUUCAGUGUGUCUUUGUCUUAGUCUACUCACGCUGCUCUAACAAAAUACCAUAUGCCAGGUAUCUCAAACAACAGAAAUUUAUGAAGCAGAGAUCAAGGUGUUCAUCUUUUUUCUCUGGUAAGGGCUUUCCUCCUGGUUUGCAGAAGGCCACCUUCUUGCUGUGUCCUCAUAUGGCCUUUCUUUGGUACAUGCAUGUGCUUUCUCUCCUCUUACAAGACCCCCAGUCCUAGGGAAUUAGGACCCAGUCUUAUGAUCUCCCUUAAUUACCUCCUAAAAGCCCUGUCUCCAAAUAGUCACACUGGGAGUUAGUACCUCAACAUAAAAAUUGGGGGGAGACAAAUUCAAUCUAUAUCAUUCUUUCCCUCUCCCCCCGACCCCACCAAAUUCAUGUUCUUACAUGCAAAGGUACAUUCAUUCCAACAGUCAUAACUCAUUCUAUCAACUCUGAAGCCCAAGGUCUCAUCUAAAAAUCACCUAAAUCAAAUAUGGGUGAGACUCAAGGUAUAAUUCAUCCUGAGGUAGACUUCCUGCCGCGGACCAUAACAGCAGUAGACGAUGAGGCCGUCUCAGGGUUGAGAGACUGCGCAGGGUGGUCAGGGAUUCGGUUAAAGAAAUGACAAACAGACACACUUCAAGAGAGAGUGUAAAUCUGAGUGCUCUUUAUUUUAGUUAGUGGUUAGUAUAUAUAUGUUUUUUCUAAAGGCAUAGGAUCGGUAAACAUCAAAGAAAUCAGCUUGCUCAUAGGUUUAGCUUAUCAUUGACAGGGCAGUGAUUUAUGUCCAAAAUACAUCUGGACCUAGCUGCAUUCCUAAGUAGACAGGCUAUUAACUCUUUCUAUAUUCUUGUACUAAUUACUACUACUACUACUACCUACUUAUGUUUACUCAUAAUUAAUUGUCAUGGGUGAAUUUAUAUUAUAAUGCAGUUAAUAUCAAAGGUACUAAAGUUAAGCACAUAAUAGAAAGAUUAUUAAACUAACAAUUCUAUUAUAACACAGUGUUUAGUAAUGUUUCAUUUGCAUUAGCCUAAUUAUUAAAUUACGUAUGUUUUUUAAUUAGCAAUCAAUGACCAGAAAAAGGAAAGAUUUUAGAAAGACAGUUGUAGCAGAAUAAAGUUUGUAGGCCUUGAGAAAGCGAGAUAAGGUUCCAGGUGGUCAGCAUUUCUUUUAAUCAUCUUUGUGGCAGCUUCUGGUGGUCGUUAUCUCUUGGCAGGCAUUCGGCUUUUCUGCAUCUUAGGGAGUUUGCUGUUCUCCCCCUGCGCACAUGGUUCCUUGCCCACACCGGACCUCAGGGACCAUGGCAACAGCCAUUAGCCCUGAGGGUCACUGCAGGGGGAGGUGCAGCAACUUCCCACUCACCUUCCCACUCACCAGAUAAGUUAUGUGCUUGCAAAAUACAAUUGCAGGACAGGCAUAUGGUAGACAUCCCCAUUCCAAAAGGGAGAAAUAGGAAAAGAAAGCUAACAGGUUCUAAGCAAGUCCAAAACUUAUCAAGAAAAUUCCAUCAUAACUUAAGGCUUGGCAAUAAUCUUUGACUUAAUGCCUUCUAGACCCACAAAGACAUUGGUUCUGCCUCCCUGAUUCACUGGAGGGGCAGUUCUGCUGUUAAGGCGAUUUUUCAGAGAAACCAGAAGGCACAGAGAGGUGGAGAGAGAUUUAUUUGUCUCACCUGCAGACCCAGUGGUACAGCUCCCGAAAGUCUGAUCCCCAGUAGCAGGAAUGGUAAGGUUUUAUACAUUUUGUAUGCAGAAGUUGUCACCCAAUCCAUCAUAGACUCUAUUGUUUGGGAAGGGGGUCAAAGCAGCCGUCCAUACUAUUGUGGACAAAUAGCACACCCAGCAACUUUCUGCUUCAGCAAGGAGCAGAAUCCAAGCAGCAGCAAGUAGCAGACUUAGCAACUUCUGCUUCACUGCCACCAAGACUUCACCGGGCAGCCUCAGGGUUACAGUUAGAAGCCACAUAACUAGUUGAAACUGAGGCAGUUUCCCAACCCUUUGAAACUGGGAAGGCAGCCUGAUGAUCUCUGAAUGAACUUUGGAGUCAUUCUUCCCUUUCCUUGAUGCAUAACACAGGUUUGCAGCUGAAUAGCUCUAUUGUCUGGCUCUAGAGGCUCCAAAAAACCUCCUUUCAUUUUGCUCACUUUUUUUUUUUCUGUCCCCUUGGGCAGUGUUUUUGCUGGUAUAAUCCCAUUUCUGUUCCUGGCUUCUGCUUAGAUCGUUGAGUAAGUCCAUGAGUCCUGCCCAUGGUCUCUUUAUUACAGAGAUGUUGAGCCACAUCCUUAGUGUCAAUUUCAGAUCAAGCCUUCUCAUAUUUUGUAAUAUAGACAAAAUUUUCCAAAUCUCUACAUUCUAGAUCCUUUUUGCUUUGCAAUUCCUUCCUCAAUUCAUCUCACAUUUUACUAUAAGCAAUCAGGGGGGCCCAAACUGCACCUUCAGUACUUUGUUGACAAAUUUAUGCUGAAUAGCCAAUCUCAUUUAUCAUAAAUUCUACCUUCCACAGAAUACUAGAACAUAGUUCAGCCAAGUUCUCUGCCACUUUACAAGGAUUGCCUUGCUUCCUGUUUCCAGUAACAUGUUUCUCUUCUCUCCUGAAUGACCUUUAACAGCCACAUAUCUAGCAUGCACCUCACAGCCCUUCCAGCCUCUACCCAUUACCCGUUCCAAAGCCACUUCCAUAUUUUUGGGUCUUUGUUGUGGCAGCACUUGGUACCAAAAUCUGCUUGGGCUGCCAUAACAAAAUAGGCAAAUUUAGUUCUCAUAAUUCUGGGGACUGGGAAGUUCAAGAUCAAGGUGCCAACUGAUUUGGUUUCUGGUGAAAGCUGUCUCCCUGGCUUUUAGACAGCUACCUUAUAUGGCCUCAAGGUCUUCCCUCAGUUUCUCCUUCCUUCCCUCUCUCUUCCUCCUCCUUGUAAGACUGCCAGUCCUGUCAGAUUAGGACCCCACAUUUACUAUUUCGUUUAACCUUAAUUACCUUCUAAAAGUUCUACUUCUACAUACAAUUACAUUGGGAGUUAGAGCUUCACAUACGGAUUUGGGGUGGGGGAGACACAAUUCAGCCCAUAGCAGUUUUCACCCUAUAUUGUUCAGAUUGGGUGUUAUCUUUUUUUUUUUUUAAGAUUUAUUUUAUUUAUACAAGAACCAGGGUACAGGCCAGAUGUGCGGGAGGGUAAGAGGAUUCACUAGAGACAGAACGGGGAACAGGACAGGCAGACUGACGAAAUACACUGCUGAGGGGAACUGCAGGCGAGACACAAGAGGUCUGCUGCACCAUGUGGGAUUCUUGCCAGCUGGCCGACCAGGAUCGAAACCACACUGUAGACAGCUUCACAGUGCGGCGCUCAAAUGCCUGCACCACCAGGGAGGCCCUGUUAAUCUGUUUUUUAUCUGUAAUCCACGGACUGUCCCCAUCAUCAGGCUUUAUUUCCAUUUAUUGUGUUUUUCAGUUCCAUUUGAUUCUUUAUGUGUUUUAUUUCUUACUGAGACUUCCUAUUUUUUUAAAUUUAUGUCAAGCAUGUUUUUAAUUGUUCUUUGAGGCAUUUUCAUGAUGGCUGUUUUAAAAUCCUUCCCAGGUUAUUCUAACAGUUAUGUUAUCCUGGUGUCUGUGGAUUAUCUAUUCAUUCAAGUUGAGAUUUCUAUGGUUCUUGGUGUGCUGAGUGAUUUUCAGUUGAAAUCUAGAUAAUUUAGAAAUGAUAAGACCCUAUAUCCUGCUUAAAUCUGUUAGGGCAGGUCUCACUGUCACUCGUUUGGUGGAGAAAGGGUUGAGAGGAGGGGAUUUACUACUUGUAAGCUGGUAUUGGAGUCCAGGUUCAUCACUGGCCUCUAUUGACACCUGGUACAGGGGUCCUCACUGCUGAGUGGGGGUGGUAUUACAGAUCUGCACUAGACCUCCAAUGAUGCCACUUUGGCUGGAAAAGGUAGGAGAGUCUUGCUGCUCCCCAUGUGGCCUCCACUGGCACCAAACCAGUAAGGAGGGGAGAAACAUCUUGUCUCUAGUAGGGUUGGAAGCCUCAACUCAUGACAUGGUCUCCAGUGAUGCUGCUGGGGUGGGUAGGGAGAGGGAUUGGUUUUGAAAAUCCUGUCCCCUACUUGAU